AUGGUUGCAAAUUUAGCUCAUUUUGUAAGUUUCUAUGAAUUUGAUGUCUUCUUUUGUAAAUUAUUUUCAGUGGAAUCAAAACAGAUAUAAUUUGUUUGAUAAUGGUAUUUGAUGAAUCAAAAACAUCUCUGAAACCAAUUGCCGAUGAAGAUCAGUGCCGUUUUGUUAUGAAAAAGCUCAAUGUCUCUAUUCACAGCACGGGUCCUCACCGCCGCCGGUCUUCUUCACCGCCACGUCCACCGGAGGAACUUCAUUGCCGCAAGAAUUAAAUGGGUACGUGAUCCUUACUUAGAUAAUGUCGUCCAAAGAGAGAAAGAUCUCAAAUCAGUAAUCUCCCUCAAAAACCUAAUCUUUUCUCAACCUUCAAAAUUCCUUCCCAUCUCCGUCGCUUCCCUUGAAAAGGACCGUCUUGGACUCCCGACCACUGUCGUAAAGUUUAUCGAGUAUUACCCAUCUGUUUUUUCCGAAUUCCGGCCAGAAAAGCCGCUAUCUUUGCCCCACUUGAAGCUUACCCGUCAAGCUUUAGCUAUCCACCGAGAGGAAACACGAUUGUCCAAUUCUCAGGAACAGCUUAAAGAAGCGGCGGAAAGGUUGGCUAAGUUUCUGAUGCUCGCCGGAGCUGGAAGGGUUCCUUUUGUUAUUAUUGACAGGUUUAGAUAUGAUCUUGGUUUACCUCUUAAUUAUGUUCUCAAUCUUCUUCCAGAUUACCCUGAUUACUUUCAGAUGUGUAGUAUAAGAUGUAAUAAUGGUUGUGAAAUGCUUGGAUUAGAGUUGGUUUCAUGGAAGAAUGAAUUAGCAGUUUCAGUUAUGCAGAAGAAGGAAAUGGAUAACAAUGUGGGUAAUAGAAGAAUACCUUUUCUGAUGGAGCUGCCAAGAGGGUUUGAUUUGGAGAAGAAAGUGAUGAAUUGGGUUCAUCAGUUUCAGAGAUUACCAUACAUUUCUCCUUACGAAAAUGCAUUUCAUUUACCGCCGAAGAGCGAUCAGGCUGAGAAAUGGGCGGUUGGGAUUGUACAUGAACUGCUCCAUCUUCUUGUUUCAAAGAAGACUGAAAGAGAGAAUCUGUAUUCUCUAGGGGAUUAUUUAGGGUUUGGGAUGAGGUUCAAGAACGCUCUGGUGCACCAUCCUGGAAUAUUCUAUGUAUCGAAUAAGAAUAGCACUCAGACUGUUGUUCUUAGAGAGGCUUUUAGGAAGGAUUUCUUGAUUUUGAAAAAUCCACUCAUGGGGAUAAGACAUAGGUAUAUCCACCUUAUGAACAAACAACCACCUAAUUUGAGACGGAAAUUGAUCCCAUUUGAAUCUAGUCGUCGUAUGAACCGGGUUUUGUUAGCAUCCAAACAUGGCUUAGUUUGAUUCUUAGGAUUUAUCUGCAUUGUUAUUGCUGAAAUUGGUAGUUUCUGGAUUACUACUUCAAUAGAGUAAAAUAGAUAUAAGGCAAGAAGAGAAGAAGAUAAGCCUGUGUUUAAAGGUUUAUUUUCAGUUUUCUUCACUUCUUGCUUUUAUCUCUUUACAAUGGAUGGACUUUAGUUCUUCAGGGUAUUAGAGAUCAUGGUUACUUAAUUCACUAUACUUGUAUAAUAAUUAAUGUUGAUUUAAUUUGUUCUCAAAUUUGA